CGCAUCGUCGCUACACUUUGUGCUGUCGGAAUCUGAACGCGUCUGCAACGGCUGCCUGCUGCCUGCUGCUGUUGUGCCAACACGCCACUACCCACCACUCGCCAACCAUGGACCCAGCCAUGUACAUGGUGGUGACGUCGAGUCACAUCUAUUUGCAUUGCCGCGCAGAGAUCGGUGUCCACGUAUCCAUUGACCGCAGCAAUCACAACAUCAAGCCAACUCGUCGCCCACCCACCUACGAUCCGUCGUCCGCAGUGCCGCUCUUCGGGAUUCUCGGCACCAUUAACCUCGUCAACGGCCCAUGCCUGAUUGGCAUCGAUGGCGUCCGUGCAGUGGGCGCGCUGAAGGGCACGCAUGCCGUGUUUCAGAUCACAUCCACGCGACUUCAGCCUUUCUCCGCCACCACCGCACACCUCACCCCAGACGAGGCCACAAGCCAGGCGCACUGCCUUGAUUUGCUCGCGUCCAUCACCAGCGAUGGCGACUUUUACUUCUCGCACACAUAUGAUCUCUCCAGCUCCGUCCAACAACAGGCCUUGAUGUGGCAGACGGCGGGCGGGUCUGGGUCGCGCAUUGCACUUGACGAAAUGGCUGAUCCACGAUUCUACUGGAACCGCAGCCUCCACAAAUCCCUCAUCGCAAAGCCGGAGCUGCGCGUGCUUGCGGUGCCGGUGAUUAUGGGGUUCGUGCACAUUGAGGCCGUCAACAUCAACGGAAAGCCGUGUCAAUAUUGCCUCAUCUCCAGACGCGCAACAGCGAGAGCAGGCACGCGGUUCUUCAAACGCGGUAUCGACGAGCAAGGGCACGUGGCAAACUACGUUGAAACGGAGCAGAUUGUGUCGUGCGGAUCGCUGGUGUCAUCGCACGUGCAAGUGCGCGGGUCCUUCCCGCUCUUCUGGUCUCAAACGCCGUCGUUCAAGUACACGCCCACAAUUGCGAUAUCACGCACGCGUGACCACUUCCACGCAGCGAAGCGACACUUCAACGACCUCUCACUGCGUUUUGGGGAGGUGCUUGCGCUGAACUUGGCCGGGCACAAGAAGGGCGAGUGGCAGCUGUGUGAGCGGUAUGAGGCAAUCGCCAACCAGCUCAAAUCAGACGUCAACCUGAGAUAUUUGCAUUUUGAUUUCCACAAGGAGUGCUCGCGCAUGCGAUGGCACCGUCUCUCCCUCCUCAUGACUUCACCCGGCCUAACUUAUUGCCGCCGCCAAUGCUCGAAUCAAUUCUCAUCCAAUCGCCGACAACGAGCACAAAAGUCGUCUGAUGUGUUCUGCAUCCACUUCCCCCACCCUCCCCGCUUCCACUUCUGCAAUGACUCAGAACUAAGUUAGCUCGAGCAUCUUCCUCUC